AUGCCGUUCACAGUCUUUGGGAACCCGCAGUGUCAAUAUAAGAAACAACAGCAUCCGAACGUUGAUUUUCCGCAGCUGCAAGACACGGUCGUCGACUCUGCAACCAUAACUACCCCAGCAUCUGAAUCCACCAGUGCCGCCUUCAGACAAACAACAUGCGCCAACGGAUACAUUGCGUCGCAUGUAGUAGAUGUCCUUCUAGAAGAGGGGUACAAUGUUCGUGGCACCGUUCGCGCUGAGAAACCUUGGUUGAACGAGUACUUCGACGACAAAUACGGCCAAGGCAGGUUUGAGACUGUCAUCGUACAAAGGAUGGAGGACGAAUCUUCCUUUGACGCGGCUGUCAAGGGAGUCUCAGGCGUCGUGCAUAUCGCUUCCGAUCUCUCUGUCAGCCCCGACCCAAACCUCGUGAUCCCAAAAGUGGUGGCGGGAUCCCUCAAUCUGAUGGAAGCUGCCGCUACUCAGCCAUUGAUCAAAAGUGUCGUCCUUACAUCUUCCUGCGCGGCCUCCUAUGUCAUUGGAUCAAGCAGCAAGACCGUCAUUGACCGAGACACCUGGAAUGACGCGGCAGUCAAUGCUGCUUGGAGCGAUGAUACACCACAAGAGGCUAGAGGGUUUCAGGUCUAUGCUGCCUCCAAGGUAGAAGGAGAGCGACAGGCAUGGAAAUGGGUCGAGAAGAAUAAGCCGAGAUUUGCGUUUAACACCGUUCUUCCUCCAUUCAACGUUGGACCGAUCCUCUCCCCCGAGAUUGGCGGAAGCACAAUGGGGUUCAUUCGACAACUCCUCAAGGGAGACGACUUCGUAACCAAACUACUGCCUCCUCAAUGGUACAUCAACGUUCGAGACGACGCGCGAGUCCACGUCGCGGCUCUCCUGGACCCAACCGUCCAAUCUCAGCGGCUGUUCCCGUUUGCAGCGCCCUUCAACUGGACCGACAUGAUUGAUCUUCUUCGAAGGCUGCGCCCAGACAACGACAAUACUCCUGCUCCUCCACCAAAUGAAGGACAAGACACUAUGGAGAUCAAGCCGCGUGAUCAGGCCGAAGACCUGAUCAAGUCAUUCUUUGGGGUGCCUGGCUACACAGGCCUCGAGGAAAGCGUUAUGGCUGGUCUUGAAGGCUUGGCGUGA